AUGGCGGACCCCGUAAGAAACAUCAUCAUUAAGCUUGGAAGCAAGGUACACCCUCCGACGGCAGCCCUCAAACACAUUCAGACGCUUCUACAGUUGGCUAUGAAGAAGAAGCUCAAGCUUGAUCCUCUGCUUCGCGACGAGAUUCUAGUGACUGUUAUGACCAACUAUCCGGAGUUUUAUGCUGAAUGGUCGGCAGAUGAUGUAAUUGAACUUCUUGUGUUGGUCGCCGAAGCCAGUGAUGACGUCUCUCCAGUGUUUACUCCAGAACCCUCGGAUGGAAAUCGGGUCGGGGCAUUCCUUCAAUUUUUUGCUCAACGUGCCCUAGAAUCUGUUGAAGAAGCUCGACGACGAGAGGAGUCCCAAGCUCUUGAAGAUGAUAAGAUACUUGCUGAGGUGUAUGGAUCCCAAGCACCUUCUUCUGCUGCCCCUACUGUUGAGGCAACUGCUCAUCCUGAUUCUACGAAUUUCAGAAUUCGAGAGAUAUCAAAUAUUGUUGGGAGCUCAUCUGCAAAUGUUUCUGAUUCUAGCCACUCUCCUGUGAAGAAGAGAAAGUCGAGUGAGACUGCUAAGCCUGAAGGAGACCUACCUAUCCACCAAGUUUUCAAGACUCUACGUUCCUCUGUUAAGCAACAAGGAACUACUGCUGCUCAAGCUACUUCUGCACCAGCCCCCUCUGCCAGAAAAGGGAAACCUACCACAAGGUCAAGAGGUCGAAGUGUAACUCCGGAGGUUCCACCUAUUGAAAGAAUUGAUACUACUGUUUACAAACCUCAGUUUGUAUCCCCUGCUGCACAAACAAAAUGGGCCACUAUGGUUAGAAGGGAGCUGAUUGUUCAAAGAACUGUGGAUGAGAAUCAACUGAACUCCGUUUGCGACAUCCUGCCCUUGCUGAAUGAAGUUAGUCUUUUGAAAACUGUUACAGAUGUUUGCCCUUACUCCAAGCUGCUCACAUAUGAGUUCUAUAGCAAUCUCAGUGAUGAGAUUGACAGUCUCACAGGGCCACGACCGAUGCAAAUCUUCAUCAGAGGGAAGUGGUAUGAUUUUGGGCCAGAUGUGAUAAAUAAAUACUAUGGCUUGCCUACAGUGCAAGAAGAAGCUGUUACUGAAUGGGACGGAUAUGUCAUCCUACAUCGCCUGGCUCUGCACAACUGGCUUCCAUCAGCUCAUUUCAACACAGUUAGCAAGCUUCUGGCAGGGUUCUUAUUUAGAAUUGGAACUAAGAUGAAGUGUGAUCUGGGCAAAUGGAUUUUUUAUCAUGUUCUAACUCUGAUUCAUCCCCGGGAACAGAAGGGUCUUAAGCCUAUGCCCAGCGAAGUGAUCAGUCCGAUGCUGCUAUAUACUGUUGAUAAACGUCUUCUUUCUGGAGAUUAUAUUAAGGAUGUCGUUCCUGUGACUGCCCCAUCCAAUUCGGAACCUGAUGCUGUGAAUGAUGAGUCUCCUCAUGCUAAAGAUGUGAAGCUUUCCGAACAAUUGAAGACGCAAGUUACUGAUCUUGAGACGGUGCACGGUAUCAUUGCCAAGCAACUGACGGGUGCGCGCAUUGAACUAGCUACUGUUCUUCUCCGCAUGAGCCUGUCUGAUACUGCUGCUGCUGCUGAGGAUCCCGUGAAGUCUGACUAUGACUCUCCCUCAAAUGCUUGA